AUGUAAGCAGCGUUCCUCUCAAAACUUAAGUCUGCUUUGAGUCAUAAACUCCAGGAGUUUGAUGAUAAGUCAAAAACUCUUGCAACAGAGAACCAGAAGUUCGAACAAGGCAAAGUGAACAUGCUCUCAUCUCUGACAAGUAACAUGAAUUUCAAAAAGAAUAUCCAAUCUAAGCUUGAGACGGCUAGAUAGAGACUUGAACAGACUCAGCAUGAUCAAUUAGCACUGUAAAGAUAGUAUGAGGACACCGAAGCCAACUUGUAAAAGGUUCAGCAAGAACUUGAGAGAGUUGAGAAGGAGAAGAACUUCAUCGACAACGUCAGCAACCAGGUUAUUGAGAAGAAAAACUAGGAAUAUGGCUAAAGACUAAAAGCCAAGGAUGAACUUGAAUCAGAUGCAAGAGAUGAAAUUAAAAGACUACAACAGCAAAUUGAAAAGGAGAAGCAGAGACUCAGAGAACUCUAAGAUCAGUAUGAUAGAGGCAAACUUGAACUUGAUGGAAUCGAAAGACAAAUCAAGCUGAAGGAGGAAGAGGCAAAGAACCAAGACGAUUUGAAUGAUCUAGAUAAAUAGAAAGCAUUGCUCUAGGCCAAAAAUCAAUAACUAAAGAAUGAUAUUGCUAAGGCCUAGCAAGAGCUUGACAGUCUCAAGGACAAGAACGCUUCACUACAGGGUUAAAUUGACAAGCAAAUCAAGGAUAACCAAAACGCAGAGCUGGAAGUCGAGAAUGCCAAAAGACAGGCUGCAUAGAGGGAUGAUGUAGAAAAAUAAAUUGAAGAAUAAUAAAAAGCAAGAGAUGCACUCAAAGACAAGGUCAAGGAUCUCUAAAAGCAACUUGACGAACUAGACAAGGCUAUCAAGUAGAAGGUGCUUGAGAAUGCUGCACUUCAAAGUCAAAUAGAGGUACUGAUGCUAUUUGUGGCUUACGAACGAGAAAUCAAAAGAGUAGUGGGAGAUCUAUAGAAUUUGGAAUCUAAGCUGCUUGAUUUCAAUCUUUAAUAUGAAUAAUAAACUAGACAAUUAAAUAGCAUUCAAUCUCAGCUUUAAUUCCACCAGAGAGAAUCAUACUUUGAACUUGCAUAUGAUUAACUCACUAAGGUAGAUUUGAUUCAACUUAAGAAGAGCAUCAACCACUUACAAUCUGACUUCGAUAAGUUUAAGAGACAGAUAUUUGAGAUCAUCAAUGACAAGUUAACAGACAAGGAGAUCGAUACUAACUCGGAUGCUCUUAAAAAAGAUGUCAAGGCUCACAUCGCAACUUUACAAAAUAUUGCAGAGUAGAUAACUUAAAUUACCGGUUAAGACAUGGUAGAAGUUGAUGGUUUAAUUGAUAGAGUUAAGGGUACUUUGUCUGCCGAGGAAAUCAAAGCUAAGGAGAAGAUGCUUCAUUCCGUUUAAGUCGACAAUGAAGAGGAACAGACUAAAAUCUAGGCACUUGUCAACCAAGUUAAAAAUUCACAGAGAGAUAGAGCAAAGCUUGAAAGACUCAUAAAACUGAAGAUGGAGUGUAUCAAAGAAACAGGCAAAAAAGAGAAAAUUUUCAAACUCAUGCUCAAGUUAUCAGAGGUGAAUGAGCACUUGCUAGCAACUAAAUUCUUCCAGAAUGAAAGAGACUCGCAGUCCCUUAUUCAAUCUACCGCUAAGUCAUUUACAACCAAAACUGACCUUUCAAAAAUUCUUACUCUCCUUGAGGAAUAUGACUAUUUUGUGUUCUAAUUGAAGCAAGCUUAGUCAGACAUCAAGGACUUUGAAUUCUAGUUGCUAACCGUAAAGUAGCUCUACGAAGAUCUUGACAGCAGCUUUGCUGUUCAGAAGACUCAGGAUCUUUACGAUAGAAUGAGACAACUCAAUGUUAACUCCCAUCAAAACGAGCUUAAUGAUAUUGCUGACUAAGUUAAUGGAUGGAGAUAGCAAGUUUAGGAUUUCAGACAAGGCAGAGCUACUUCAACUAGAUCUGUUGGAAAACAUUAAAUCGAACUCAUUGAUCUAUUUGACAAGGAGUGCGAGCUAGCUUUGGAUGUGGUCACCAAGAACCAGAGAGACUUCUAAAGAGUCCAUUAGAACUUAGAGUCCAUCACCUAACAACUCAACAAAGGCGAUCAAUAAUAAGUAGCUGCCUCUCCAGAAAGCCAGGAAAUUGAUGAAGUAGAGGUCACUGAUAAACUAAGUGAACUUGCUAAGAUUGAAUUCUCAUUGGAAAAACUAGAGGAUAGAUACAGAGACGGGCAUAAAUACUUUGAAAAUCAGGUAAAGAGAUCAUUCAAAGGAGCUCAACUUAAAUGGAUUGAUAUUGAAGAUGCAGUAAAGCUUUGA